GAGGUUCGGAACAUUAAAGCUCAGUUUGGACUUACUGUCAAAAAUACCAAGAAAGUAUUGCGGGAGUCCCAAAGACGUCUCACUCUGGACCAAGUGGAAGACAUUUUAAAGGGCAACCAUGGUAUCGAGACUAUUGGAAUAGAAGACUUCAAAAAGAUGGACUUCAAGUUGUCUAGUUCAGAAAUUGACAAGACCUUCAAACCCGGAAAUCUCUGGAGAGAGAUGCUUAACUACACUAAUAGUCAUGACAAGUCCUCUCUCAUAAGCAAGUACAUCUCUGAAGAGAUGAUCAAGAAAGAAAUCAGAGGCCUUAUUCAAGACAUGAAAGUGAAGAAGACGAUUUUCAAGAGUUUUAACUUAUUUAAAGCGUACCUCUUCGAAAAGAUCCUGGUUCCUCUCCACAGUAAAAGCCAGAACCCCCGAUCUUUUGAAUCAAGAAAACUGAAGUUGCUCAUGAAGAUUUUGUCAACUCAAGAGUUUUAUAUCCAAGAAAAAGAAGACUUCAUCAAAACAAUUUUCGAGAAAAAGAGUUCAAGCAACGAAGACUUAGCAUUUGUCAAGGCAGAAAAGACAUGAAGAGUCCACUGAAAAUUUCAAACAAAUUUAAUUUUUCUCUUAUGAGCACUUUCAAGAGUAAUUUGCAAAUUAACUUGUGCAGAGAAAUCUUUCAUGAUUUCUGCUAAAAGUCCGUCCUGAAGAACUCCAAAGUUUUGUCUUAUCAAUAAUUUACCAACAAUGAGAGGGACCUCUCAGACACAUCAGCAAAUAACCACGAAAUGCACAAGUACUGAAAGGAGAAACCCCCAAGUACAGAACUUAAAAUUCAACUCUUUUAAUCAAGACAGUGACUUCUUGGCAAAUCCGAAGAAGCAAGACGAAGAUGAUGAGGAUGGAGAGCAAGACGGAGGAGACGAAGAUUGCCAGCAAAAUGAAAAUAUUUUGACUCAAGAUCUGAGAUCAAGAAGAAGUAGUACAAUAUACAAAAACAAAAGGAGAAUAGGUUUGUGUUCUCCAAAAGGCCCUGCAUCCCCAUUGUCUCCGCAAUGACUACAAGUUAAUGCAUUUCAGUUCGGAGAUGCAUUGAGUAAGCUUUACAGCCGAACAAAUAGAGUCACUAGCAAACCGAAAUAAACGAAGCAGAAUUCGUCACCAAAGAAAUGAAGAUGUAUUAUCGAUGCCAAGCCAACCACGCUCACCAAUCAAUUCUUUCAUCUCUGAGAAUAGAAAUAAAGCUGACAAUAGAGCUUGUAAACCCUCAGUCAUAAGAAAGAUCUUAAAGAAGAAGCCUCUGAAUGAAACAAAGAGAGUGAUUCGUCUCAAUAAGUCCCAAAGAAGAAAGUUCACCAUAUUCAAGAAGCAGGUUAGGACUCCUUUAACAAAGCUUAAGAAACUCCAGAAGGUGAAAAGAGAGAUCUUAAGUCCAAUUCGUUGAACAUCACCUUUUCUGUUUAGUAACAGAGGGUCUCCGAAUGCUAUUUGUCACCCAAAUCACCAUAAUUUGUAAUUCCCAGAAUAUUCAAUAAUC